AGUAAAUUUAAUCAAAUUAAAUAGGAAGUAUAAAAAUGAGAGAUUUAAAUGUAACUAAAAUAGAAGGCUUGUGAUAUAAGCGUUAUUCAAUUGAAAGAAUAAGAAGUUAACUACAUAUAAAUUUGAAAAACAUUAAGAAGAAUUACAAAGACAUGAAGAAGAAAUAACUAAAUAAAAAGAAUAGAAAAUAAUAUAAAUGAUUAAAGAAGGAGAAACUUUUCGUUAAAAGCAAUUAAAACUCAAAGAAAUAAUUAAAGAAAGGGAAGAUUUUGAUGCAAAAAGAGUAUAGAUUUUUAAAAUUAAUCCAUUACAACAACCAACUUUAUAGGAAGAAUAAUAAAAAGAAAUUAUUAGAAAAUGUAAUAAGGAAUUAUAAAUUACUAAAAAAUAUAAAUUGUAUUAUAAUAUUUAAGGUUAGAAAUAAAAAAUUUAAGCUAGAUUAAGAAUCAACAUAAAUGGAAUCGAGAGAUUAAUAGAAUAAAGAAAUAUUUAUGAACUAGGUAAAAAAAAUAAGUUGAAGAAAAAAGAGAUCGAGCCUUAAAUUUAUAUCCUUUAAUGA